AUGCUGGAUAGUGAAUUGGUCGAAAAAGCAGUUGAAGCUCUAUUAAAAUAUGUCUCGUCAAAGACAAAAACAGAACAAAUCGACGACGAGGAGAUAGAACGAAAGAAAAAUUUACUACAACGACAGCAAAGUUUAAUACCAAAUGUUGCAACAGUCUGGCUACAAGUUGCCACACAUCGAUUUUCACAGCUGUCAAAGAAUAUGCCUGUAAAAUUACCAUUGAAACAUCCGCUCUAUGGACCCGAUACAGAAAUUUGCUUGAUCACUAAAGAUUCGCAAGAGGUCAAAAAGUUGUUGGUCGAGAAAGGAAUAAAACGGGUCAAUAAGGUGAUUGGCAUCUCUAAACUACGUACAAAUUACCAGCAAUACGAAGCACGAAGAAAUCUUUGUGAUUCCUACGGUCUAUUUCUAACUGAUGAACGUGUAAUUCCGUUGCUUCCUAAGUUACUGGGAAAAUAUUUCUUCAAAAAGAAAAAACAACCGAUACCAGUGAAUUUAAAAUCUGCUAAGGUAAAAGAUGAAAUUGAUCGAGCAUGUAAUUCUACUUAUUUGCAUAUCACUCCUGGGAAUUGUUAG